CUCUCUCUCUCUCUCUCUCUCAUUGUGUGAGUUCAGGAAAAUGGCCGAGGCCAGUAUUUCAGUAGAUCAGCUUUCAGUGGACCAGUUCCUCUGUUCAGUGUGUCUGGAUCUACUGAAGGAUCCAGUGGCGAUCCCCUGUGGUCACAGUUUCUGUAAGGUGUGUAUUAAUGACUGCUGGGAUCAGGAUGAGAAGAGCGGAGUUUAUCGCUGUCCUCAGUGCAGAGACACUUUCACUCCAAGGCCUGUUCUAUGCAGAAACAACAUGCUGUCUGAAGUGGUGGAGAAACUGAAGAAGAAGACCGAAGUCCAAGCUGCUUCUCCUGCUCACUGUUACGCUGGACCUGGAGAUGUGGAGUGUGAUUUCUGUACCGGGAGAAAACACAAAGCCGUCAGGUCCUGCCUGAUGUGUCUGGCCUCCUUUUGUGAAACUCAUCUGAAACCUCACUAUGAAGUUCCUUCCUGGAAAAAGCACAAGUUAGUCGAAGCUUCUGGAAAUCUACAAGAGAUGAUCUGCUCUCAGCAUGAUAAAGUGCUGGAGAUCUACUGUCGUACUGACCAAAGCUUCAUCUGUUAUCUCUGUACGAUGCAUGAACACAGAGGUCAUGACACAGUCGCAGCUGUAGCGGAAAGAACUGAAAAACAGAGUGAGUUAAAGGAGGAGCAGAUGAAAUCCCAGCAGAGAAUCCAGGAGAAGCAGAAGAAGGUGCAGGAGCUGAAACAGGCUGUGAACACUAUAAAGCGCAGUGCACAGACAGCAGUGGAGGACAGUGAGAGGAUCUUUACUGAGCUGAUCAGCUCCAUGGAGAAAAAGCGCUGGGAGGUGACGGAGCUGAUCAGAGAUCAGGAGAAGGCUGAACUGAGUCGAGCUGAACGACUCCUGGAGCAACUGGAGCAGGAGAUUGCUGAUCUUCAGAGGAGAGUCACUGAGCUGGAGCAGCUUUCACACACACACGAUCACAUCCAUUUCCUCCAGGUAACACACACACACACACACACACACACACACACACACACACCUAGUUUCCAGUCUCUCUGUGUCUCUUCUGGACGUGAGGACUCACCCAGCAUCACUGUCAAUCAACAUCUCUCAUUUGAUGGAGUGAGGAAAUCUCUCUCUGAUCUGAAAAAGAGACUCGAGGAAUUCUGCCAGGAGGAAUUCAUCAAAAUCCCUGAACAUGCUGCAGCAGUUCAGAUGAUUUUACCCUCAGAACCAAAGAGCAGAGAAGAUUUUCUGCACUAUUUCUGUGAUCUUACUCUGGAUCCCAACACAGUAAAUUAUCACCUCAUUCUGUCUGAGAAGAACAGAGUGGUGACGCGCAGUGAGAGAAAUCAGCCGUACUCUGAUCAUCCAGAGAGAUUUGACUCCUACAGUCAGGUGUUGUGUAAGGAGAGAGUGUGUGGACGCUGUUACUGGGAGGUGGAGUGGAGCAGUGAGGGAUGUGUGGACAUAUCAGUCUCAUAUAAAGACAUCAGAAGGAAAGGAGGGGGUAAUGAGUGUUGGUUUGGACGCAACAAUCAGUCCUGGAGUCUGUACUGUUCUUCUUCUUCUUCUCUCUCUUUCUAUCACAACAGCAUUAAGACUGAUCUCAGAGUUCCAUCCCCCUCCAGAAUAGGAGUGUAUGUGGAUCACAGUGCAGGAACUCUGUCCUUCUACAGCGUCUCUGACACGAUGAAGCUCCUCCACAGAGUCCACACCACAUUCACUCAGACUCUAUACGCUGGGUUCAAUUUACCUUAUUGGGGAUCAACUGUGAGAUUGUGUGAUCCAAAAUAAAAUAUUAAAUGAUUUGAUGUUUUUAAAAUUAAGAUGAACAGCUUUACUUUUAUAUAGAGAGUUUAAGUCCAAUAAAGAUGGAACAUGAGGAAAGUCUUUUACAGACCCUCCAGGAUUUCGCGAUGUUGCGAUUUGCAACUUCAACGCAAAUUCAACCAAUCCCCGCGAAUUCAGGGCGGGGCUGCAAUUAUAUCCAAUCACCGCAACUUUCUCACAAAUUUGACCAAUCGUUGGCGUCGUCUUGAGGUGACGUCGACAAACUACCUUCCGCCUUACUUCCGUGUUUCCGUUCAAGAGAAGCAGCAUGUGCGCAGUGUUGCCAGAUUGGGUGUUUUUAAGUGUAUUUUGGCGGGUUUUGAACAUAUUUUGGGCUGGAAAACGUCAGCAACGCUGAAAGUGUGUUAUGUUUACAGUGAAGGACUGGGUGCACUUUACAUUAUUUUUUUUACUUAAUACAAGAAAUUAAUGGAUGCCAACAUUUUUGCCAAAAUGGUAUUUUAUUUUCCAUUGUUUCGGCAGCUUCAGCAUCAUACUGUGAGAUUCUGUUCAAAUUGUUUUUUUCUUCUAUGAAGCCUGAGCCAUUUAUUUUAUUAGUUUAUAAUCAUUGUUUAAUUUAGUCUUCAGGAGAGACUGCCUGCACACAGUCAGGGGCGCCGCCAGAAAUUUUGGGCCCCAUGAAAGAUUAGAAUUUUGGGCCCCCCAACUUUGCCCACCCUCGUCACAAUUGCACUAUUGUCAUUAUUUGACUUUUGAUAGCCCAUGGACCUUGAGUUGGUGACUUUGUUAUUACAUUUUAUGUAUUAACCUACCAGGGACUAGAUGAAAACUGGUCAGUGACUAAUUCUGGUGCAUUUACAAUCACAAAUGAAAAUUCAAGAUUUUGCCACAUGCCUUCUUGUGCUAGGACAAUUGGUAGUGAAAUGUGUGAUGUGGCUGCUAAUAAAUCAUAGAAAAAGUUUUCUACCCAGUGUCAAA